ACUGAAAGUAGUGCAGCGCUAGCAUCGGAGGCUUUCGGCUGGAAUUAAAAAAAUUAUACUUUUCUCAACACAUGGUAGCAUGAAUUUUCACAAUCUGUUUUAAAGUCAGCUGGUGAAAUGACAAAGUGAAAUAGUCAAUGUAAAAAUAACAAAAUACGAACUGCGAAAAACGCUUAAAUUGUAUCCAGUAUCCACAUUAAAUUAUAAGUAUGAUGGAGGACGAGUUGGUACCCCGUCUACCAGUUAAUAGUAAAAGUAUUGACUUUCAGAACUGGCACAUAAGCUACCUCAAAUCGCACAUACUUAAAAGCAUUUGCAUAAAAGGCCAAGAUGGCAAUUGCAAUCAAGGUGAUGAUGAGUGUUGUGAGUUGUGCACAUAUCGCUACGCACUUGAGUUGCCGCACUUGCCCGAUAUGGUUUUUCACAAGAAUAAGUUAAUACUAAAGCACAAAGAUGGUGCUAUAUUGGAGUUUCUACCAAUGGACGCACUGCGCUUAGUGGAGAACGGAAAGCAUUCUCUACAAGUGGCCUGUGCGCAGGAAUGGAAGGAGAGCAGACCUGAAUGUCAUAUGGAAGAAAAAUUCAAGCCGUUUGACUGGACUUUUACAACCACUUAUCAGGGAACAAUGAACGAUAAAUUUCGGGUGGAGGAUUCAGAUCAGGAAUUGAACAGAUGUAAAUUGAUGCAACGCGAAAAGAUACUAUUUUAUCAUGACCUCACGCUGUUCGAAGAUGAGCUGCAUGACAACGGAAUCUCAUCGUGUUCAGUGAAAAUUCGAGUGAUGCCGUCGGGUUUCUUUGUACUGCUCAGGCAUUUCCUCCGAGUCGAUAAUGUGUUACUUAAAAUGCACGACACUCGUUUCCAUUUCGAAAUUGAGAACAGUUAUAUAUUCAAGGAGUACACACAACGUGAGGCUACAUAUAGCGAGCUUAAAAACGCACCACCGCCAUUUUUCACAGUACCCAAUGAUAUAGAAAACUAUAUACCGAUCAAAGAAAGGAAAACAUAUAAAUUAUAUUUCAAGUAAAGAGUUUUUACACAAAUAUAACAAUCGACUACAAGAAUAAAGGAUUAAGGACUAAUACCCCGUUUAAAAUUAAA